AUGCCGUUCGGCUGUAUAAAUCUCGGGAAGAAUAAGGACUACCACAGCCCUCUGGAGGUGACGGAGAAAUAUGACCUGGGCCAGAUCGUCAAAUCGGAGGAGUUCUGUGAGAUCUUCAGGGCCAAGGACAAGAGCACGCUGAAGAUGUUCACCUGCAAGAGGUUCCUCAAGAAGGACGGCAGGAGAGUGCGGAAAGCUGCCAAGAACGAAAUCUUCAUCCUACAGAUGGUGAAGCACACCAACAUUCUACAGCUUGUGGACGUCUACGAAACCAGAAAAGAGUACUUCCUGUUCCUGGAGCUGGCCACGGGUAGAGAGGUGUUUGACUGGAUCCUGGAUCAGGGCUACUACUCGGAGCGGGACACCAGUAACGUGAUGCGGCAGGUGAUGGAGGCGCUCGCCUACCUGCACUCCCUCAACAUCGUGCACAGGAACCUCAAGCUGGAGAACCUGGUCUACUUCAACCGGCUUAAACAUUCUAAAAUCGUCAUCAGUGACUUCCACCUGGCCAAGCUCGAGAACGGCCUCAUCAAGGAACCGUGCGGAACUCCUGAGUACUUGGCCCCGGAGGUGGUCAGGAGGCAGCGAUAUGGUCGCCCUGUGGACUGCUGGGCCGUGGGAGUGAUCAUGUACAUUCUCUUGUCUGGCAAUCCUCCCUUCUACGAUGAGAGCGAUGACGAUGAUUAUGAAAACCACGACAAGAACUUGUUCCGGAAGAUUCUGGCGGGGGACUACGAGUUUGAUUCCCCGUACUGGGACGACAUCUCAGACUCAGCUAAGAGUCUGGUAGUUCGUCUGAUGGAGGUGGAACAGGACAUCAGGAUCACAGCGCAAGAAGCCAUCAACCACGAAUGGAUCUCUGGAAAUGCUGCCUCCGAUAAGAACAUCAAGGAUGGUGUGUGUGCGCAGAUAGAGAAGAAUUUCGCCAAAGCUAAGUGGAAGAAAGCAGUUCGGGUCACAACCAUUAUGAAGCGGCUGAGAGCUCCAGAGCACAGUGAUGGAACAGGAACCACAGCAGCAGCAGGAACAACAGCAGGAACCACAACAGCAGCAGAAACCACAACAGCAGCAGGAACCACAGAAGCAGCAGAAACCACAACAGCAGCAGGAACCACAGAAGCAGCAGGAACCACAACAGCAGCAGGAACCACAACAGCAGCAGGAACCACAGAAGCAGCAGGAACCACAAAAGCAACAGGAACCACAGAAGCAACAGGAACCACAGCAUCAGCAACAUCAGCAGCAGGAGUAGCAGCAUCUGGAGGAGCUGGAGGAGCAGCUGGUGCAGAGGAAGCAGAAGAUGAAGGAGCAGGAACAGGACCAGAGGAAGCAGCACUCAGCCGAGCCCCUGCUGCCCAAGACCGCCCCCUUCCUGAGAUGGAGGCAUCAGGCACCUGUAGCAGUGCAGCUGUUCCAGAGGAGCGUUCAACUGGCCCGCCUCUGGAGGCAGGAGAGGAGGCGGGGUCAGCAGAGGCCACACCCCCUGCGCCAGUGCUUGCAGAGCCUACGGAGGAGGUGGAGGCGGAGUCACAAUGCAAUGGUGAUGCUUCUGCCCUGGCCCACAACCCUUCGGCAGAAGAUCCGAACAUUUAA